UUGUAAAGUGUUAGUCCAUAUACCAUAAAUAAAAUAACACUUUCAUCAUACUUAAAAUCGUCAAAUAAAUAUUUUACCACUUUUACCAGUACCACAAACACAAACGAAUCACUAUUUCUUCACAGAUAUAUGGAUAAAUAAUAUAUUUUAUUAAUUUAAUAUUUUAUGUCUAGCUGUUCUUAUAUAUUCUGUGGCCUUAGUAAAUGUGGUAUGUGGUAAAUACAGGGAUUAAUUAUUAUUUAUUUAGUCAUUUAACUUAUUAUAUUUGCAAUAAAAUUAUUUCUCACAGUUUAUAUUUAAUUUUAAUGUUCCAAAAAUGAAAGCCGAAAAAAGUCGCUCUGUUAUUGUAAAGAAAUUUGGAGGAUAUGAUUGUCUUUUGAUUGAAAACUUUGAUUUGCCAGAAUUGGAUGGACUUAUUGAAGUAAAAGUAGAUUGUGGAGGCUUAAAUUUUGCUGAUUUAUAUACAAGGCAGGGGCUUAUGUUAGACAAAAAACUGCCAUUUGUUUUAGGAAUGGAAUGCACUGGUACAGUAACCGCUGUGGGAACAGAAACUGAUUUAGUGAUAGGACAAAAAGUAAUAUGUUAUGACUAUGAAGGUGGUAUGUAUCGAGAUGUAAUACGUGUAAGUCCUGAAAAAUGUUACCCGUUACCAGAAUAUAUUGACUCCAAGAUAGGAGCAGCAAUUUUUGUAAACUACUUAACAGCUUACUUCGCAUUAAUUGGUUUGGGUAAUUUAAAGGAGAAUGAAAAAGUUUUGAUAAUGUCAUGUGCUGGAGGUGUAGGUUGCGCAGCAACGCAGUUAGCUAGAACUAUAAAAGAUGUUAAAAUUUUUGGAAUAGGUUCGCAAGGAAAGGAACAACAAGCAAAAGAAAACGGAGUUGAUAUAUUUUAUUCAAACGAGUCAUUUAAAGCUGAAAUAAUAAAAGAAAAAUUUGAUUUAAUUAUAGCAAACGAAAUUGGACCUACUUUCACAUAUUUGCAGAACAUUUUAAAUCCUUUGGGAAGAAUUGUACUUACAGGAGCUAAUAACAUAAUUACAAAUGAAAGAAAGCUCUCAAUGUUUAGUCUACUUAAAGCAUGGUGGAGCACAAAAUAUGUAAAUCCAGAAACUCUUAUUACCAAUAAUCGGCUCGUUGGAGGUUUGCAUUUGGGUACACUCGCUAAGUCAGACCCAAAAACAACAAAAAAUGCAUUGAAUUAUAUUUUUGAUCUUCUAAGAACAGGUGUGAUUAACCCCAAAAUACAUUCAGUAAUGCCUAUGUCGGAAAUUAUUGCAGCCACUAAAUUGCUAGGUGAUAGAAAAAAUGUUGGAAAAGUUUUAAUUCAGAUGGAAGAAACAUAACAUGUUUAACAGGCAUGCUGUGUUUUAUGAUAUUGUAAACAUAUAUUUUUAUAAGAUAUUUUUUCAACUGGACUAAAAAACGAAUAAAUAAAAAAUAUAUA